AUCACAGCGCAGGAGGCGGGGCUUGUGAGAGGUUGGAGGGGGGGGUGUUGCCGCUCAGUGUCCCGGAGCGCGAGAGGAAUGAAGAUACAGUAGUUUUCUCUCAGCAGUGCGGCGGCGGUGGCGGUGAGGGAAUCCGGCUUCACUCUCAUCACUCUCCCGGUCUUUGCACGCGCUGUGGACGGUGUGAGAUGAAGUGUGUGUCCCUGCAACAUGGCUUUAGUCCUGGUGACGUCGUGUUUGCCAAAAUGAAGGGGUAUCCUUUCUGGCCUGCCCGGAUUGGUGUUGGGAAAGCUCCGAGGAAUAAGAUUCCAAUCUUCUUUUAUGGAACACAUCAGACGACGUUUCUUGUUCCUAAGGACAUUGUACAUUACUUUCCCAACAAAGAGAAAUAUGGGAAACCCAUCAAACGAGGAGGAUUUGAAAAGGCCAUGUGGGAGAUCGAAAAUGACCCAGGUGUCGGCCUCAGAGGUCAAAAGAAAGCCGAUAUCUUGCAGAAAGUUCAGAAGAUGAGGAGGAAGGUGAGGUGUAUGGAAAAGAAAAAUGAGCCUAACGUACCAUCUAAUUCUGCACCGAGCGAUAAAACUCUUGCGAAAUCCAACACCACGCCGAAUAAACCACCGGGAACCUCAGAGGCGGGGAGAGAGACGCAGAGCCGAGCUAAAGAGGGUCAAAAAAAGACUGGAUCACCACCAAAAGUGACGUCUGCCACUAAGAGAACCACUUCUGCUGCUAACAGGACUCGAAUAGCCCUGCACAGAAAGGUCGUCCUGGCCAAAAAAGCCAUCGUUACUAAGACAACGAGUGCAGCAAGGAAGAGGGACACGGCCAGGAAGAAGAUCCUUAACAAAGUGAAGAUGGUCAGAGCCAAAACGACGGCAAGGAUACAGCUGAGGAUGAAGCUGCCUGAUCAAGUGGAAAAGAACAAGUCCGUCCUGAAGAGGCGGCUCCGCACCCCCCAGCAGCGACUCCACACCCCAGAAAAGCAAGUCCAAAAGUCUCACUUUUCCAAGGAUUUGGUGAAAGUAACAGAUCAACAGUUACAGAACUCAGAUACCCCAGCGAUUCGGCCCCGGAUGAUCAAGGGUUGGGUGAAGGUUCCUGAUCCACAGAUACAAAACCUUGACACUCGGAUAAAAACCCCAGACACUAGUACUCCCGACACUCGACCAAAGGCCCCGGAAACUCGGGCGAAAACCUCUGACGCCCGUACCCCAGACACUCGGACGAAAACCUCUGACGCCCGUACCCCGGACACUCGGGCGAAAACCUCUGACGCCCGUACCCUAGACACUCGGACGAAAACCUCUGACGCCCGUACCCCGGACACUCGGGCGAAAACCUCUGACGCCCGUACCCCAGACACUCGGGCGAAAACCCAGGACGCCCGUACCCCGGACACUCGGGCGAAAACCCAGGACGCUCGUGCCCCCGACACUCGGGCGAAAACCCAGGACGCCCGUGCCCCCGACAAUCGGGCGAAAACCCAGGAUGCCUCGGCCACUCGGGCGAAAACCCAGGACUCCGUACCCGGACUCUGGGCGAAACCCAGGACGCCCGUGCCCCGACACUCGGGACGCCCGUGCCCCGACACUGGCGAAAACCCAGGACGCCCGUGCCCCGACAAUCGGGCGAAAACCCAGGAUGCCUCGGCCACUCGGGCGAAAACCCAGGACUCCCGUACCCCGGACUCUGGGGCGAAAACCCAGGACGGCCGUACCCCGGACACUCGGGUGAAAACCCAGGCUGCCCGUACCCCGGACACUCGGGCGAAAACCCAGGACGCCCGUGCCCCCGACACUCGGGCGAAAACCCAGGAUCCCCCGGACACUCGGGCGAAAACCCAGGAUCCCCUGGACACUCGGGCGAAAACCCAGGACACCCGUACCUCGGACACUCGGAUGAAAACCCUGGAGAUUCGCCCCCGGAUCACCAAGGGUUGGAUGAAAGUGUCCGAUCCACUGUUACCCAACCUUGAAACCCGGUCUAGAACCCCAGAGACCCGGGCCCGGGGCACCAAAGGUAUGCAGGUCACAGGUUCACAGGUAAAGAGCACUGAGUCUCGUCCCUGCAAGGUGUGGGUUCAGGUCAAAGAGCCACAGCUACAGACCACUGAUAUUCAUCUCCAAACAAACGAUACUUUGCUUCAGACUUCUGAGACUUGUCUUCAGACCACAGAGCCUCAUCUCCAAGAACCUGAGGUUCAGCUCAUAACACCACAGAUUUGUUUCCAAACCUCAGAGACUCAACCUGAGAUUUGCUCGAAGGUCACACAGCCAGGAAAACAGAUUCGAGAGGAUCUCCAAACCCCAGAGACCAAAAUAAAAACCCCAGAUGUUCAUCUGAGGUUUACAGAUAAACAGGUGAAAACUCCAGAACAACAGCUCCAGAACACUGACUCUCAGAUCCUGAACCCUAAGACAUGGCUAAGGGUCACAGUGCCACGCCUCCAGAGCCCUGAGACUCUGCUCCAGAGCACAGACACAUUCUUCCGCACCCCUGAGAUUCGGCUUCAAAACAUCAGUGUUGCAGCUUUCAUUCACAAAACUUCAGCUUCUGAAAAACAAAAUGCUACUAAUGAAUCUCAAAAUGCAGUUUCUGAACCCCAGGAUGCAACCUUAGUGGAACCCCAGGUCACCUCUCCAGUUGAGUACGAAGAGCCUGCUGCAGGUGCUCUGGAUGAACCCCAAGGCACUGCUUUUUCAGAACCUGUUCCUGCUGACCUCCAAUCUGCUUCUCUGGUUGAACCAGAAAGUGUUAUUCUGAUUGAUGUACCAACAGAGAAAAGGAUAGAAGAAGAAGAAGAAAAGACAGAAGGAAGGGUUCUGAGACGAAGGACAGAAGAGCAGAUGGACAGAGGGGAGAAGAGGCAGAAAAAAGAGAUUGAGAAGAAGGAGCCAGUGGAUGAAGGGAAGGAUGGAGAUGGGCCCAGGAAGAAAAAGGAGAUUAUUUCAGCUGUCAUUAAUACUGUCUCCAGCCCUGCAGCCUGGAGAAGAAAGCAACAGGAAGAGGAACUCCACCACUCAGAGCCAGGAAAGAGGAAAAGGGGACAGACGGACGAAGGAGGACAAAGAGUGCUGAGACGGAGAACAGAGGAGCUGAAGGGAAAUAGGGAUGCAGUGGAAGAAAUGAUUCAGGGGCCAUUGGACGUUGAGCGGAAGGAUGAACAGAAUGUGGGAGAAAAGGAAUAUAAGGAAGAGAAGAGGAAGAGAAAGGAGGUGAUGCUGGGGAAGCAGCAGGAAAAGAAGAGCGAGGAGCAAACAGUGAAUAAAAGAGAGGAUGUAGUGAGGAGAAGAGGAAAAGCAGAGGAAAGAUGA